AACACUACCACAAGUGUACUGAAUCUGAUGCCCACCGUUGCCGAUGACGGAGCCUUAUUGACGUGUAGGGCACAGAAUCUGAGACUACAGGCGCCCCAUAAGUAUAUGGAGGACGGAUGGGAACUGCAAGUCUAUUAUGAUCCAAAAGUGACGCUAACUAUCAACAAAAAUAGUAAAUUAGUGGUGUUUAGAGAGGGAUCAGAGGCGGUGAUGGAGUGCGCGAUCAGAGCUAAUCCCGGCGCCAGUGAUAUACAGUUUAUGCUCAACGGAUCCGUUAUCGCAGACAAUGAACAACAAGGUAUUUUUAUAACAAACACAACGCUCACUAUACGCCACUUGCAGUCCCAACACAGGGGAAAGUAUAGCUGCGGCGCCCAGAAUCUGGAGGGCCGGGGCGUUAGCAACGAAGUGUGGCUCAAUUUGAGGUACACCCCGAUAUGCCGUAACAGUGCCCUGAAGUCAACGGUGGCGAUGACUGUGAACGAAACCCAAGUGCUCCGGUGCUCAGUGGAGGCCCAGCCCCUAGACGUGUCAUUUUACUGGACAUUCAACAACUACGAGCUCCACUCAGACAACUACACCGCUCGGGGCCUGACCUCUGAGCUCCGGUUCCGUACGGCCAGCGCUCAAGACUUUGGUCUCGUGUCGUGUUGGGCCAAAAACGAGGUCGGCCUACAGGCCCAGCCCUGUCUGUUCCACAUCACCACCGCUUUGCCCCCACAGCCGCCCCGGGACUGCUCGGUGGCCAACCGUACGAUGACAUCCCUCACCAUUGAGUGUACGCCCGGCGACAGCGCCGGUCUGUCGCAGACAUUUUUCGCCCAACACUUCGGCGCCGAUUCCGGUGUUGAGUCGGACGUGAAGAAUCUGAGCGCAUCGUCGGUGCCGUUGUUUUUCAUCGCCGGCCUCUCCUCUGGCACUGAAUAUACUGUUAAUCUGUACGCUAUUAAUGCCAAAGGCAUGAGCGCACCCACACGUAUGCUCGUGUCCACCCUUUCCACUGUCAACACUAAAUUAGUGUCCGGCAAUCAAGAGCUGGACUACGACCCGAUUCUGGCCGUAAUAGUGGGUGCCUUACUGUCGCUCAUCCUAAUUGUGCUCAUUGUUAUCAUUAUAUGUAAAAUCAAACAACAGGACGAGGAAAAGGAUAAACGGGAACAACAAACGCAACAAAACACAAUUAUUGGUCAACUAAGCGAUGAGUACAGUAUUGUCCAGCAAACUAGCCAGGAUGAAUUAAGUCAUAAGAACCCCGAUGUUAUUCCGUGCGAUUUACAAUCAUUUAAUGAUUCAAAAACCGAUUUAUUUAUUAUAAACGAUAUGAGGGAUGACUUGACGAGUCUGUCCAACACAUCAAUCAUUGAAACCGUAUUACAACAGAAACCAAAGUCCAUAUUAGUUAACGGGUAUAUACCUAAUGGUACUCAUCGUAAAAUGAGACAGACAAAUGGAGACCAAAGGGAAGAGCUUUUAUACUACGAUCAAAGGGACGCCGGAGUUAUAGUCCAUCAAACACUCAGAUUUGAUGAUUUGGAGGGCAAUGAAGUACAACAGACAGCCGUUUGAGACCACUUUCAUCGCAAACAUACAUCUCAUCGAAAGCCACAGAAUAUUCUUUUACAUACAUUUAUAUAUGUUUUAUAUAUAAUUAUAAACGUUUGGAAC